AUGGCCGCUGUCACCACUGUCCGCGACAUGCUGUACCACUACACCUUUGCCCGCGGCGUGGCACGGAACGUCGUGGCGCUCCUCCUCUGGUUCGACAAGGGCACCAACAAGACUGGCCUCGUCGGCCGCAACCAGGAGCCCGAGGCGCCCUAUGAACGCAUCGUCAUCACCGUGCCGGAGGACUGCCGCUCCAUGUUCAUCACAUUUUCGGAGGGCCAGCCAGUCGAACGAGACGACAUCUUUAGCUACUUCAGGGAGACCUGGGGUGACUGCAUUGUCCGUGUUCUUAUGGAGAAGACCACUUGUCGUGUGCAGCCAAUGUAUGGCCGCGUCAUCUUCAAGAGCAAAACGUUCGUGAGCCUGGUGCUCAACGGCGUGGAACACGCCUCGCUCUUCAUAGGCGGACGUGAGAUCUGGCUCCGCGAGUACAUCCCGCGCAGCAUGAACUUUGGUCGUCCUAGGGCGUCCAUCAGUGCUGGUAGCUAG